GGCGAGGAUAGACGGGAUACGUUUGAGCCGUACCCUCGCGAAGUGAUGGCUAACUAUCUCUCCCUCAACUUCAAGAUGAUGUACGUGUCUGGCGAAACGGGAGAGCCGUCUGUCGAGACAACAGGCAUUAUCGAGGACAUUGUCCGGCAGCAAGUCAUUGAAAUUCUCAAAAACUGUACCGAACUAGCCGCGCGGCGCGGGUCGCGCUCCAUCACCAUCAACGACCUCAUCUUUCAGAUUCGCGACGACGCCCCCAAGGUAUCGCGGCUUCGCACUUUCUUGUCGUGGAAGGAUGUGCGCAAGAACGUCAAGGACUCGGACGACAAGGGCGGUGACGCGGAUCUGGGCGCCGCAGAGGACCCCGUGGGCGGCGUGGUUGCCGGUGGGCCGGUGGACGACACGGCGAAGAAGAACAAGAAGGCCAAGGUCGGACUGCCCUGGGAGCCGGCGUCGUACUUCUCCGUCGAGGUUCCGGAGCGCGAGGACGAGGAAGACGAGGAGGAGGAGGAGAUGAACUACAUCACGCUCCAGCGGCUGCGCAAGGCCGACGAGCGGACCAAGGCCAUGACCAAGGAGGAGUACGUCACCUGGUCCGAGUACCGUCAGGCGUCCUUCACCUACCGCAAGGGCAAGCGGUUCCGCGAGUGGGCCGGCUUCGGCAUCGUGACGGACAGCAAGCCGUCGGACGAUAUCGUCGACAUCCUCGGCUUCUUGACCUUUGAGAUGGUCCAGACCCUGACCGAGGAGGCGCUCAAGAUCAAGGAGAACGAGGACCAGUACCGCGAGCGCACGGGCGAGAACGCGGGCAAGAAGCGCAAGCUACCCGGGGGCGGCGGCCUGUUCGACCCUCCCAGCGAGGGCCGCACCCCCGUCGAGCCGCGUCAUAUCCAGGAGGCCUUCCGGAGGCUCCAGCAGCGGCCAAAGAAGUCGAGGGCCAUGCUCAACGGCACCAGGCUGCAACAACGCACGUCGCUCAAAUUGAUAUGAGGCGGGUGGUUGUUGGUUGUUGCGGGUAAUGGGAGUCGUCGGAAUAAUUGCAUUUCGUCCACCGGUGUCCUGGGCAUGGCGUUGACGCGUUCGGGUCUGGCGUUUUUUGUUGGUUAUAAGAGCGGGAAUACCGUGUCUCGUUACUUCUUGCGUACUCGUACUUUGUACUACAGGAUUGGUAUCAUGGUUACGUAAUGUCACAUGUAUUUCGAAGGUUGACGAUGCCAACCUUCUCUCGAUCUCAAACCUAUAAUUUGUAAUUUGUGUACCUGACUGAGUUGUCUUGCGCGUGUUGCUUGAUCAGGUACUUGUAUGUACGGAUUACAUACCUA